GUGCACUCAACAGAAAUCAGUUAUUGUGGUAUUCGUCGUUGUUCGGUGUCAUUCAUAAAAGUGCUUUUGGUUCGAACGGAUACGGUUACUUACAAGCAAGCUAACCAAAGUUAUCAUUUUCGCUGCGACCGUCGUUUGUCGUCUUCGUUGUUAUUAUAUUUUUUUAUCUCAUUGUUUUUAUUUUUUCGUGUUUACUACCACCAAAAAAAAAACACAAAAAAAGCCCUUUACCACCUCCCCCUCAAACAACAAUAAUACCGACAAAAUACAUAGAGAGGUACCUACAACAUAGUGUAGCUUGCUAUUGCCGGAGCUGAAACAAACAGACAAGCAGCAACUAAAACAACAGCAACAACAACAAACACACACAAAAGCCUACCUAAGAAGAUAACCGAAACCAAAUGUUCAAACUGCUGUGGCGCUGAACCAAACUUUUUGUUGGUGGCUGGAUGGCUUAAACGGACUGACUGACAUAUAGUCUACACUACUUUAUAAAGAGUUUAUUGUUGUUAUUUUGUUACCGUGUUCUUCUCGCAUGCUGUUUGUCGGAAUAGUUAGUUAGUUAGCUGGCUGCUUGGCUGGCUGUUUGUUUGACUGGUUGCCUGCCUGCCUGCCUGCCUGCCUGGAAGUUGUAUUGUUUGACAACAAAACCAAAGUGGUACAAAAAAGUUUCUUUCAAAUCACAAAAAGCUAAACAAAAACAAAACCAACAGCAACAAAUCUAAGGCAACACACAUCCAACAAUAAUAACAAUAACAACAACAACAUAAAGUGUGAGGAGGAUUUGAGUGAGAUUUUGUUGCGGCCUCUGCCACCACGGCUGUUGAUGUUGCUUGCCGAAGUUUGUGUUGUAGUUGUUGUCUCGAGGAGAGACCUCCAAGCUACGACAAACAAAACAAACAAUAAAACAUAAAAAAGACAAUAAUAACAACAACAACAACACCAGCAAAAGCUACGAAAUUGCAUGAAAUGAACUUUAGACUCCUCCAAUGUCUGUCUGAACACGAUCGACCGAGAGACCAAAACCAAGUUCUUUAUUACAAUUUCGGAAACGAAAACAUUAGUGUUUAAUGGCAAUUGCUAACCAAUGGUUGGGAAAACCGAACCGAACCGAAAGAUAGACUGACAGACUCUUAGCCAGCCAUCAGAAUGGUAAGCAACAAAUGAAACGAUUUGAAAAGAAACUGCCCCGAGAUCCACGAGACCAACCAUCAUAACCGGAGCAUUUGUUAUGAUCGAUCACUUGAUCGGUUGAAAGAAUACUACAAAAAUAACAAUAACAUUAACAAUUACACCAGCAAUAAAAGAAAAUAAACGGAGCGGAACUGAAUGGAUCGUAUCGACUGACCGAAAAAAAACGAUAUUCUUCAUAACCGAACAAAACAAACAGACAAGUAUUGAAAAAAAGUGAUUUCAAAAAGUUUUGAAAUCCUACCUACUGUUGUGAAGUUUAAAUCAAAUGUUAACAUUCUAAAUUUAAUUAGUGUAACAAACAACUCCACCACCAACAACCACAACAACAAUCAAUCAAUUAUCGCCAAACACAAAAAAGUGACACAAGUCUCAAGUUAGGCGAAGUGAAGUGUGAAAAGUGAUAAAUUAGCGAUAAAAAAUAAGGCUUUUACUUUUUCCUGAUUAUUUCUGGACAAGUUUGUAGUCAAUGUCCGGCAAUUGGAGUUCGUGCUAAAGGAAAGUCCAAACAUUAUUAUUAGUGUUAUUAUAAUAAUAAUCAUAAGAAACAAAAACGAAAGGUGGUCUGGUGGUGCAUCCAUCUAAGCGCCGUUAAAUACAAAACAAACAAACAAACAAACUGCCAAACUAACCUCUCUCUUAGUGUGUCUCACUCUCUCUCUCUCUCUCUCUCUCUCUCUCUUUGACUCGUUGUCGCGGCGGUUACUUGAAACUUUCAAUAUUUUUGUAACGUUUGACUGCUACCGUUUAUUAUAACUGUCUGCCAGCCUGAGAUUAUUAUGAGCAACACAAUGACCGCUCAUGAACCCAUAAACUAUCUGGACAGCAUCCUUAACGAAGAGGAGAAACGUUGCGAGUACAGUCAUCAAUGGCGGAAUUUCACCAUAUCACGUUCAGGUCGUUUCAAAUCGAAAAACAAACAUCGCAAUGUUGUCGAUGGCAAAAUGUUUGAUCGCAGCACUGGCUCAUCAUCAUCCACAUCGUCGUCGUCGUCGUCGUCAUCGCCAUCCAUUAACAACAGCUCACAGCAAUCAUCAGCAUCAGCCGGUGCUUCAAUGACAUCCUCAUUUGAUAAGGAUAAAAAGAUCUCAUCACAUUACGGUUCAUCAGCCUCUAUGAAAUCCUAUCAAACACAAACACCAGCUAAGGCGAUCUCAUCAUCAUCAUCAUCGUCGUUUACCUCUUCGACGUCUAAUAACCGGCAACGUGACAAAGUGGAUUCUUACAAAAGUUACUACGAAACGAAUUUAUAGAUUCCAACCAUAGCACGAAGCAAUGUCCAUAGUUGGCAGCCACAUUAUAACUAAUACUUUAUAUAUUUUUUAAUUUAUUGUUAAAGCCAAAUUCCAGAAUAAGAGAAAAACAAACAACGAUGACUUAUUUUUUAUUUCCGUUAAUUGUAUUGAAAAAAAAUAUUAUGAUUUUUUUCCACGAUUUGUUCUAAUUAUAUUUUUUCUAUAGAAAAUAAGAAUUAGUUAAAAAAAAGCGAUUCAAUAUUGUGAAAAUGCGAAAGAUAUAAACGAAGCGGUCAAUGGAAAGAAGUUCGCGAGAGUAGAGUUUAGAAAUGUUCAGUACUUGCACGUGGUGGGAUUCUUUGCGGCAAAAACUAUCUAAGAAAGUAUAUCAGUUACUAAGCUUUUGUUUAAGAAAAUGUUCAGAAUUUGUAACAUAAAAGAACAUGCCCUGGUAGAUUCCGUCGAUAAAGGAUUUAUCUUACAUCUUUUCAUUUCAUUUUUUAUAAAUAAUUUCUGACGAUCUUGGAAUAUCUCAGUCUCGUUAAAAUCUGUAAACUUCAGGCUCAACGACAUACAAGAGCGUGCUAACCAACAAGGGCGUCAUUACAUUUUUCCAAUUUAUGUACAUGUUUUUUACUCUUAAUCCCAACAAAAGGCUUCCAUUAACUUCCUAUCUACAGGGUGAGAUAAAUAACUGCAACAAAAUCAAACGCCACGAAUUAUGGCCUUUUCACGGUCAAUGAAACCGUCACACCCUGCCCGAAUGUUGCUCUGCGCCCAUUCCCUGUGAAGCGCUUGCUUGAGGUGAUCGACACUUUGGUAAUUUUUUGUGCCUACCUUGCUUUCCAAAAUACUCCAGACACAAUCGUCCAACGGAUUGCUAUCCGGAGUUUUUGGUGGCUAUUGUGCGCUGGAAAUGAAGCGAGGAACCUCAUUUAGUAACCAUUCUUGGGUGGCGCGUGCUGAGUGCGAUGGUACUGAGCCCUGUUGGAAUGUCCAAGGUCUGCGGCCAUGUUUGCAUGCCCAAGGCUUUAAUACACCCUCCAGAAUAUUUUCGCGAUAAUAAUCGGCAUUUUAUCUGAUGCCACGGUCGAUUAAUACGAGCGGAGAGCGACCAUCGGCUGUAAUGGCGGCCCACACCAUCGCCAUGGUGGCCAACCGAAGCUGCACAUUUCGGCUAACCUCUUUGGCAAGUAAACACGAUCAUUAUGUUUGUUUACAAACUGCAGGACAACGAAUAUUUUCUCAUCGCAGAAAACCAAAUUCGGCAGUUCACCACUUUCGACCAAGCGAAGCAACUCUUUAGCUCUUUGGUGUCUAUUUUCUUUCCGUUGUGGUGUAAGUUUUUGCACUUUUUGGAAUUUCAAUAGCUUUAUCCCGAGCUCAUUUUUCAAUAUUCGCCGAAUAGAAUAUUGCUAUAUUUUCAGUUUACGAGCCAUUUUUCGGCCAAUGCAACGCGGGUUUCGAUCAAGUCGCUUCUUUACUUGCUACUGCUGACGAGCGAUGGUAUGAGACACAAAAUAUUUAUUGACAUUUAAAUGUGGAGUGCUCUAACGAUAGCCACUUGUGGUUUUCCAGCCAAAUAUGAAGAAAUCACACUAUCACGCUUGAAUUCCAUCGUGAAUAACUUUUUUUCUGGAAAAUUCUCAACAAAUGGCUUUUGUAUGCUUGUAAACAAUAUAAUGAUUUGUCACUGGAAUAAUUUUAACAGCUGUCGGACGAGUGGUAUAAAAAUGACAGCAGUCUGCUUGCGGGUUUUUCAUCUAGGCAUAUUAAUGUCAAAUUAUGAAAUGUUACAAAAUAUGCCUAGCCAUGACUUCAAGCUUCUUAUGUACUUGCAGCUUAAGGCUGGAAAUACAUAAAGAGCAUAUUUGGUUGGCUUAAGUCAUCGGCUGGUUUCUUCGUAGAUGAAGAAAGGAGUUUUAGGUUGACUUAGUUCGAUUUUGGCCCUAGGCUCCUUUGUUCAUUUCCGAAGAAGCCAGCCGAUGACUUAAGCCAGCCAGAUAAGCCCUUUAUGUAUUCCCACCUUAAGGAUUGUAAUGCUAGACUUUUGUUUUUAAUACUAGAAACACAUAACUGACCUCUUUGAUUCCACGGCGCAUGGAAUGGAUUUUGUCGGUAAGAAAGGGUAAGGUUUGCUUUACAUCCAGCUGGUAUAGUCUCCUUGGAAUAAGCUCAGAAUUUAAAAUCCUUCUUUCUUUUUUAUCGAGAUUCUUAUUUCUUAUGAAAAACAAUCGAUCGAUAUAAAUAUACGUUUUAGAGAACGUACAUAUUUAACUUGAAAUACUUUUCAAAAUACAUAUUAUUUAAAAAAAAAAAAAUAUUUAGUACUUAAGCAAAGUAUGUGAAUAAAUAACAUUUUAGAAUUGUCCAACAAGCAAUGUCUAUCACUGCUGAAACAUGUGCUGCCUGAACAACUGUGCGGCCUAUUAGAAUUGCCAAAAGAAAAACUAAGAAAUAAAUAUCAACUAAAAUAUAAGUGUACUUAAUUGCUAUAACUUGGAAUAUUUCUUUUCAAAAUAUUGAAAUAUAUUGAUUUAAGACGUUUAAGAAUUUGAUAAGUAUUUUGUUUGAAAAUAAACGUGAUAAUAACCCCUUGAUAGUUAAUAUAACAAUAAAAAGAAUAAAUAAAUAAAUCAAAAA